AUGGGCGGUUGCUGCUGCUGUUGUUCUUCUAAGGAGACUGUGUUGAGCGCUCCACCUGCCUACUAUUAUUAUCCAAGAGCAUCAGAGGAGCAUGUUCCUCUAUCUUCUCACCAGGGUGCCGCUUCUACUUUCUCUGGCCGACUCUUGGUUGAUACAAAUCUAGAUACUUCAUCUCCUGAUACUUAUAGACCUCCGCCUGCUCCUAUCCCUUUCAAUGUUACGUUUGGUACCUCUCAAACUCCACCUGCAGCUCAAGAAAUUCGUAGUGACAAGAAUAAUACAUCCUUGCAUUCUACAAAUUCUAAUGCAAUUCAAGAACCAGUACCUGGAGACAAUCAUGGGACCCCAGUUAAGUUGGAUGAACUGAAGGAAUCAGAGAACAAAGUUCAGACUGAUAUAGAGCUAGAUUCUGCUAAGGGUUCUGAUAUUGAACUUGCAAAGUCAGGAAAACCUGUAGAUUUAGUAGAGGAGGAGGAUACAUGCCCAAUUUGUUUAGAAGAAUAUGAUGCAGAGAAUCCAAAACUCGCAACAAAGUGCGACCAUCAUUUUCACCUUGCAUGCAUUCUGGAAUGGAUGGAAAGAAGUGAAACUUGCCCCGUAUGCGAUCAGGAUUUGGUUUUCAACCCUCCCAUUGAAUAA